UUCAAAUUCUAGAUUUACCACUUAACUAGUGAAUUUGACCAAGUCUCAGUCUCAUUGAGUAGCAGGGGUAAGUAACCAGCUUCACUGGGAGGUCAGGAGGUUUCAACAUUAAGUUAAGUCAUAGGAAAUUGCCGUUCCUGGCAGUCAAAAUGGGUAGAAUCUAUCAAAACGGUUAGCAUUCCUUUGUGCUUCUAAUGUUUAAAACACUCCAUCCCUAAAUUAUUUUUUUCUAUCCUAAUGCAUAGUCUUGCUCAACUGUUUGGGUGGUCGAGCCCCUGGGGGCUCAGAAGUUGCACAUGGUUGACUUACCCUGUGGAGGCCAAUAAAUUAGCCUCUGGACAGCCUCAUGAGAUUUGGCAGUUCCUACAAGGAUCUACAAGCUUCUUUCCAGACAGUUACAAGCAUAUCCCUUGAGGGCCAGAGAAGUCAAGAGCAGUAACAGCUCGGUGCCCUACCACACACGCAGGCUCAGCGCACUUUCACCCGUCUUUCUACAGCCUAUUUUACCCUUGUUUGUCGCUGUACGACGGUUAGUGACGUUGGUUCUAUUUUAAAAUGUGGAAACUAGGCCUAUAGAGGAUCUGGCCUCGCCCAAGGUCUCAAACACCGCGUAGUGUUGGAAAUAACGUGGGUUUGGCACUGCCUCUAGUUAUAUGACCUCCGCAGGGCUCUUGACCCUCUCCUCGGGCCUGUUUCCUUUUCUGGAGAAGAGCGCUAAUACUUCCCUUUCUCUUACAGCUCUUUCAGGUUCAACCCAAGCUCUCCAGGGCCCGCCCUUGGGGAAGUCCGGCUGUGGCCAUUUGACCCGGGAAACUGCGGAGAGCACGUGUGUGCAGGAGCGUAAACGGCUCGGUCCGCGUGCGCACACCCGCGGCCCUCCAUAAACACCAAUGUUUGAUUUUGACUCGAGAAAGAAAUGGCCUCGACAGCCAAAGGUUCAGACGAACUCCAAGAUCGGCAGGGGGCCAGAAGGAGGGACUGGAACUACCCCGCCCACGGAAGGGCGGGACAGCCGGGCCACGCCUACCGCAGGCGGGGCCGGAAGCCUGUGCAGGCACGGCCCGCGCCUGCGCGCAGCCAUCGUGUUCAAAGGCCGCCUCCUGCCCGGCUGACUGCUUUUUACCCACUCGGCGGGGCGUGGCCAGGCCAUGGCGACCGUGGAGCCCAGCGGGUACGCCGCGCGGGUAUCUACAUCCGGACCCCGGCCCGGCGAGGCCCCGGGCCGCGUGGCAGGAGCUGCGGAGCCGCCCUCCGGGCGAAGCGACCGCAGAAUCCCCCGGCUGGGGGAGCGGAGCCCGGCGGCUGUGGAGAAGCGGGGGCCGUACAUGGUGAUGCGCGCGCCUUCCUUCCAGGCGAAGCUGCAGAAGCACCGGGACCUGGCCAAAGCCGUUCUGCGGAGAAAAGGUCAGUGAAGUUUAACAAGGGUUAUACUGCGCUUAGUCAGAGUCCAGAUGAAAACCUCGUGUCCCUCGACUCUGACAGUGAUGGGGAGCUGGAAUCCACAUACUCCUCCGGGUAUUCCUCUGCAGAGGUGAACCAGGAUGUGAGCCGCCAGCUGCUCCAGGAUGGGUAUCACCUGGAUGAGAUUCCAGACGAUGAGGACUUGGACCUCAUCCCCCCCAAGUCUGUGUCCUCCUCCACGUGUUCCUGCUGCUGGUGCUGUCUUGGGGACUCUUCCUCCUGUAACCUCCAGUAGACAGAACCCCUAAGAUGGGCCCUGCUCGCCAUACCUGCAGAGCCCUGUUGGCUCUUCAUAGGUCACAGUGCAGUGGGAACUGCCUCAGCCCCAGAAUCACUGGAGGCACUGACCCUCUGGGAAGGUCAGUGACCUGCAGUUACCCCUUCCCGGUGCUUCUCAGGCCAGGGCCCCCAUCUGGGUGAUAGGUGGAAUUCUGUAUUUUUCCUCUGCCGUUGGAGCAGAGUUUGGCGAAACCACUUUCAUAAGGGCAGGAAUAGACGAAUUCUAGCUCUUAAUAGUGAGUGACAAGUUUGGCUAAGAAAGACUUUUGAAGAUACCGUGACUGGUAUUUGUUAUCAUGCUCUUUGGAGGGAAAAAAUAGAGCUUUUGUGCCCAGGCAGUGCUGGGUGGUGGUGUGUGGAGGCAGAAAAUAGCACUUGUGGCUUGCAGCCGAGAAUCUUUGAAAAAGAACUUAACUAUUUGGGACCAGUUUAAGAAAUUCGUUAAGCUCUCCUCUUCCUACCUCUAAGAUUGGUUACGGGUUUGCCCUUCAGGAGAGCGUAGAGCAGGGCUCCCUGGCCCUCUUCUGGUUGUGCCUGUCCUACUGUGGCAGGGAGGACAGCAGCUUGCUUGAUGACACAGCAGGAUCAAGGCUUCCAGAAUCUCGGGACCCAGAGCAUCCCCAACUGGUUCAGCUGUCUGGGUAGGUUUAGUGAGUCUGGUCAGCCCUAGUUAGAGAAACACUGCUCCACUAUGUACAUAUUUGUCUUUCCUUGGUCGCCUUUCUUCUCCUUUAUCUUAGCCAGUUUCUCCAUCUCGUCUUUGAGCUAAAGGUUGGGUGAAGGGACUGGAGCUUCCCCAGAAGCCUCCAUUUUUGGUACCAGCAGAGGGAGCUGUAGGGAGCAAUCGGGUGCCUUCCUAUUUGUUUAGCCUUUUAAAUUGAGAAGUAGCAAUGGGUGAGAAGUAUGCUGGCGCAGCCGUGCUGGCUUUGACACAGACGGAGCCUCAGAUGGGAUGGCGUGACAAGCUGUGCCGCUGCCAAGGCCAAGCCUGAGGAGACAAUCUGCCAUUGCAGGGGGCCUCCCUUCCCCCUGCGUGGACUGUUAGCCUGUGUACGGACCUCCCGAGUCCUCUGACCACAGCAGGGGCGUCACAGUGGAUGCCAGGAUUGGACUUCACAGGAAGCCUCUGGGUGCCACGUCGCCUCUCUCUGCCCCGUGUGAACACAGCAGAAAGCAGGCAGAUGCCCGUGACCCCUACUAGACAGCAUCUCGGGAGACCACACCCCUCCCUAGAAUGUAUGUUUUACAGUGGGUCUGUUGUUUUUUUUGCCCCACCUAGAACAGUGGUGUGCGCUGGAUGGGAGUGGACAGGGUUCCCAGCCAAAGGGGCAUGGUGGUCAGGAUUGGCGCAUGGGCCCACGUGGGAAAGUGCCUGGUCUGUUGUUUCUUUUGCCAUCCUGUGGCCACGAGGAGUAUAUGAGGGAUGGCAUGGACUCUCAUCCAACCAUGGGAGGUGACUGACAGACUGUGAACAUCAGAGAAAAAGGCCGUAUUUGUCAACUACCCUCAUCAGCCUAAUGCUAUUGCUUGAUUGGCAUUCGUCUUGGUGCUUUUCUCAACUCCCAGGAAACUGAGAGGAAUAGAUGGUACCCAGGGUGCUGUGGCUGACUUGUGUUCUGCAAUCUAGCAGUGUCACAGCAGGAGGGAGGCGGGCAGAGCCUGAGGAGCAGGGGAGGCAGAUGGUUCUUCUGUUCUAGAAGGAGGCUCUGCAACUCUAUACAGGGAGUGAGUGAGACAUCUCCGUUCUGAACCCCUUGCCUUGCCCACCCACAGAGACUGUAUCCAGGUCUCUGGUUUCUGUAGAGGUGGACAAGUGUACAUGAAGAAAGGGCUCAGAUGUAGGACAGUGUAAAGGAAGACAUUGGUGGUAACAGGAAACCUAGUGGGGGCCGAACGUGGCUGUGGCAGCCGAGCGUGGUUCCACUUUACUGUGGGGGAGUUGGUUAGGGCAGAGCAACCUAAGCAUUUGGAAGCUGCUGGGGGUGAGAGUGGCAGCAGGACCCCAAGACCAAGGCCCCGCAGGUGGUUGUUGCUGUUAAUCAACACUAGUAUAUCUGGCUGCACCCGUCCCAGGACAGGGUGUUCCAGAGCUGAGUGACCCUGUGCGCAAGGCAUUACCUUUGUGGAAAGUUGUAGGAACCUGGUGGAAUGGGGGACAGACACUGCAUUGACACAGGAUAGAAAUGGUCAGUUUGAGGCUAAAAUGUCACCCAUAAAGGCACUGAGGUGCCCAGAGCCCAACUGCCUUAAUUCAGAGCGCUGGGUAUUGUGCAGGUGACAGUGCCCUGGGGAGCACUCACACAUAUUUGGGCUUACCUCACACAUGGGAAGGGAACUGUAUGGUAUUUACAGAAUAUGCUACAGAACUCUUGGCUUAGGCUUUUCCAGUUCUGUAAGUUAAUAAUAAAUACAGUAAUGCUAGUUGA